CGCAUCAUUCUUGGUGUGUGUCGACUCAACACCGAGCAACAGGUUCACUUGGGUCGCUGUUGCUUGCUUGCACGCUUGUUGUGUUGUUGCUAUUGUGCAGUGCAAGCAUGCCUCCGUCCGGGUUGUCGAGGAAAGAGGCCGAUCAGGCGGCCAUGGAAGGGCGCAAGCUGUUCCUCAAAGGCGUGCCGCUCGCCACGACAGAGAAGGAGAUUGCGGACGCGUUUGCAGCUGUCGCGCCUGUCAUUGAAGUUGUAAUCCCGAGAUUCAAAGACAGCGGCAAGUCGCGCGGCUUUGCCUUUGCCAUCUUUCGCACAGUCGAAGAGGCGCAAGAGGCUACCACCGUUCGCAUGGAGAUCCGAGGGAGUGUGUUGCAGAUUGAGUUUGCGACGCCACGCGAGUAUCUGGGCCAAGAACACGUUCGCGAACGCCAGCAGCGCCCAGAUAUGGUGUAUGCACGACAGCGAGCGCGCCAGCAUGACGGCCGCCCUCACCGCCAUCCACACGAUCACCGCGGGCGCGGUCGUAGUCGUAGUCGCAACUCGCCUCCAUAUUCACCGUCGCCGUCAUCAGCAUCGUCACGCGCGCGUAUCGGGUCGACACCGCCUCGUGCCCGCGCAUAUCAGCGGUCGCCCGAACGUUUUGACCACCGCGAGACACGCAGUCGACAGUACAACGGGCAGCAGCAGCAGCAGCAGCCGUAUCAGCGCCCUGUGCGCUCUGAUCGUGGAGACACAAUUGUCGGUCGAAGGGGUCGCAGUCGCAGCCGUGAGCGGGAUGCUCGCAUGGAUCGGUACGAUGGUGGUCGUCGUCAUGAUGGUGGGGCGUAUCGUGGGUAUGAUCAGGGGAUGCCGCGUGGCAACGCUGAGCGCGACGUCCGUGGUCGAGUCGGUGCACUGGGCCGCAGGCGUGGUGACGAUAGCCAUGGCGUUGGUGGUGGUGGACGAUAUUACGGUGUUGGCGGUGGUGGUGGUAGUCAUGGUCGGGGACGGGAGCGCAGCCCUAUGAGGCAACGACGCGAUCCGGUGCGUUCGCCGCCGCCGCCGCUUGACCGCUACAGGCACGACGCGCCUGCACCACCACAUCCUCACGCGUUCUCUCCUCAGCAUCCACCUCAGCAGUCGCGUCCACCACCACCACCACCACCACAGCCUCAACACUACCCACACGAGUCACAUCCACCGCCACAGCAACAUGUGUCCCCGUAUGCAUUCGCACCGUCACACCCACACCCACAUGCGCAUGCCCACGGGCACGGCGAGCAGCAGCAGUACCAGCAGCAGGCACCACCAUCACCAUCGUCAUCGUCGCCAUAUGCUGCCCGACCACGCGAGCAUGCGCCGCCACCUGCCGAUCGCUACGCCACAGCUCAAGCGCAAACAGGGCACGAAGGGUACGGAGGGUAUGGAGGGUACAGUAGGUAUGGGCAGCAGCCUCGGGCCCAACGUCACGCUCCACCACACCCGUACCACCAGCGGCAGGCUGGGGAGGUUGCAUACGCUCGUGAACCCCCAUUGCAAGGCAAAUACACCUCAUAUCCUGGACCGCCACCUUCGUCACACCCGGCCACAGCCCCGCCACCAGAGGCGUAUCACGACCACCAGUACGAGCAACAGCACCGGCCACCACCACAGCCGUUGCCGUCAUCGUCGUCAUCGUCGCUGUCAGCGACCGCGCCUGGUCAUGCCCCUCUGGCUGUGGACAGUGUGCUGUACCCGGGAAUUCUCGCGAGUGCAGGCAGCGGUAGUGGCGGUGGUCGUGGCAGUGGUGGUGCACGCGUGUCGACGGCUGUGCCAUAUCCCUACCACCAGGCACCGCCGCCAUCGUCGUCAUCCGCAGUUUCAUCAUCAUCAUCAUUGGUUGAUCCUCGCCUCGCAGCGUUCAAGUAGAGACGGAGGCGUGGGCAUGCAUGCAGGCAACGGCGGGCAGAAGCACAAGUAGCCAGAUAGCAGGUGUUGGCGAUGAUGCAACAAGCGACGAUGGACGCAUUGGUCGUGAUGGCAUUGAUCGUGAUGGUAUUGGUCGUGGUUGGUUCGACAAGUGGCAACGUGGCGUAUGAUCGAAGGAGGUGCUGGCUAGUCACCGUGGCUGUUGCUGCUGUUACCGGUGGUGUCGAUGGUAUGUGUGCAACAGUGAAAGGGGUGAACAGGAAUGGCCAGGGGAACGCAACAGAGCAGCAGUCACGACAUUGGAAGGAUCAAUCAAACAAGGACAUGGAAUUGAACACUCUCUGUGUGUAUGUAUGUAUGUAUGUGUGUGUGUGUGUAUGUAUGUGUGUGUGUGUGUGUGUUUUGACAGAGCUGAGCGCGCCCUCCCAUUAUCCACACUGCCAGCCCCAAUGUGCCGCUUCCGCCAUCCCAUGUGAAAACACAGAAGUAGACCCACG